GGAAAGGAACACCGGCCAACAGGGUCUUCUGGUAGUGGGAGCACCACCUCCGCACAGGCACCUCGCAUCAGUGGAGUCUCUGCAGCCCCCAGCUGUCUCUCCCCCCCCGCGUCUCAAGGAGGUUUUUGCCCGCACGGCGUCCGCUGCAGAUCGUUUUUCUUUCUAAAAUCUGAGGGGGACGUGAGACGUCCUAACAGAGGCGACAAGAUGACAGCUGUCGAAACCCACAUUACGUACAGCAACUCCUACACGAUCGAAAAUGAACAAGUGUACAUGACCCAAGAGGACGACUGGGACAGGGACCUGCUGCUGGACCCGGCCUGGGAGAAGCAGCAGAGGAAGACCUUCACAGCUUGGUGUAACUCCCACUUGAGGAAGGCCGGCACACAGAUCGAGAACAUUGAAGAGGAUUUCAGAAAUGGCCUCAAACUCAUGCUGCUGCUGGAGGUCAUAUCAGGCGAGAGGCUGCCCAAACCCGACAAGGGCAAGAUGCGUUUCCAUAAGAUCGCCAACGUGAACAAAGCCCUGGACUUCAUCUGCAGCAAGGGAGUGAAGCUGGUGUCCAUCGGUGCUGAGGAGAUCGUGGACGGUAAUGGGAAGAUGACCCUGGGUAUGAUCUGGACCAUCAUCCUGCGCUUUGCCAUCCAGGACAUCUCCGUGGAAGAGACCUCUGCCAAGGAGGGUCUGCUGCUGUGGUGCCAGAGGAAGACUGCCCCCUACAGGAACGUCAACGUGCAGAACUUCCACAUCAGUUGGAAGGACGGCCUGGCUCUGUGCGCCCUCAUCCACAGACACAGACCCGACCUCAUCGAUUACUCCAAACUGAGAAAGGACGACCCCAUUGGAAACCUGAACACCGCCUUCGAGGUGGCUGAGAAGUUCCUGGACAUCCCCAAGAUGCUGGACGCUGAAGAUAUUGUGAACACACCCAAACCCGAUGAGAAGGCCAUCAUGACCUACGUGUCCUGCUUCUACCACGCCUUCGCUGGAGCUGAGCAGGCUGAGACCGCCGCCAACCGCAUCUGCAAAGUUCUGGCCGUCAACCAGGAGAACGAGAAACUGAUGGAGGAGUACGAGAAGCUGGCGAGUGAGCUGCUGGAGUGGAUCCGCCGCACCAUCCCCUGGCUGGAGAACCGCUUGACGGAGCAGACCAUGCGCGCCAUGCAGCAGAAGCUGGAGGACUUCCGUGACUACCGCCGCAUCCACAAGCCGCCACGCGUGCAGGAGAAAUGUCAGCUGGAGAUCAACUUCAACACCCUGCAGACCAAGCUGCGGCUCAGCAACAGGCCCGCCUUCAUGCCCUCCGAGGGCAAGAUGGUGUCGGACAUUGCCAACGCCUGGAAGGGUCUGGAGCAGGUGGAGAAGGGCUACGAGGAGUGGCUGCUGACGGAGAUCCGUCGCCUGGAGAGACUCGACCACCUGGCUGAGAAGUUCAAGCAGAAGUGUGCGAUGCACGAGUCCUGGACCGGAGGUAAGGAGGACCUGUUGUCCCAGAAGGAUUACGAGUCAGCGUCUCUGAUGGAGAUCAGAGCCCUCAUGAGGAAGCACGAGGCCUUCGAGAGCGACCUCGCCGCUCACCAGGACAGAGUGGAGCAGAUCGCCGCCAUCGCCCAGGAGCUGAAUGAGCUGGAUUACCACGAUGCUGCCACAGUCAACACCCGCUGCCAGGGCAUCUGUGACCAGUGGGACAACCUGGGGACCCUGACCCAGAAGAGGAGGGACGCACUGGAGCGUGUGGAGAAGCUGUGGGAGACUAUUGACCAGCUGUACCUGGAGUUUGCCAAGAGGGCGGCGCCCUUUAACAACUGGAUGGACGGAGCCAUGGAGGACCUGCAGGACAUGUUCAUCGUCCACAGCAUCGAGGAGAUCCAGAGUCUGAUCACCGCUCACGACCAGUUCAAGGCCACCCUGCCCGAGGCCGACAAGGAGCGCAUGGCCACCAUGGGCAUCCACAACGAGAUCCUGAAGAUCGCCCAGACCUACGGCAUCAAGCUGUCCGGAAUCAACCCCUACACCAACCUCACCCCCCCGGACAUCAGCACUAAGUGGGACACCGUGAAGCACCUCGUGCCCCUCAGAGACCAAAUGCUCCAGGAGGAGGUGGCCAGACAACAGGCCAACGAGAGACUGAGGCGCCAGUUCGCUGCCCAGGCCAACAUCAUCGGACCCUGGAUUCAAACCAACAUGGAGGAGAUCAGCCACGUGUCCGUGGACAUCGCCAGCUCCCUGGAGGAACAGAUGAACAGCCUGAAACAGUACGAGCAGAACAUCAUCAACUACAAAUCCAACAUCGACAAGCUGGAGGGCGACCACCAGCUCAGCCAGGAGUCCCUCAUCUUCGACAACAAGCACACCAACUACACCAUGGAGCACAUCCGCGUGGGCUGGGAGCAGCUGCUCACCACCAUCGCCAGAACCAUCAACGAGGUGGAGAACCAGAUCCUGACCCGCGACGCCAAGGGCAUCAGCCAGGAGCAGCUCAACGAGUUCAGAGCCUCCUUCAACCACUUCGACAGGAAGAGAAACGGAAUGAUGGACCCAGACGACUUCCGCGCCUGCCUCAUCUCCAUGGGCUACGAUCUGGGUGAGGUGGAGUUUGCUCGCAUCAUGACCCUGGUGGACCCCAACAACACGGGCGUGGUGACCUUCCAGGCCUUCAUCGACUUCAUGACCCGCGAGACCGCUGAGACCGACACCGCAGAACAGGUCAUGGCCUCCUUCAAGAUUCUGGCCUCAGACAAGAACUACAUCACCAUGGAGGAGCUGCGCAGGGAGCUGCCGCUCGAGCAGGCCGAGUACUGCAUCAGCCGCAUGACCAAGUACAUCGCAGUCGACAGCCCGACCGGCGCCCUGGACUACAUCUCCUUCUCCAGUGCCCUCUACGGAGAGAGCGACUUGUAAAAACACAGCCGCUUUCUCUUCACCUCCUCUCAUCCCUUCUUCCCAGCUUCCCCCUAUUUCUCCUGUUCGGAGAGAGCGAUUUUAAACCCUUCCACUGUCCUCCUACAUUUGUUCUUAUCAUCUUUUCCUCUUUAAAUCUUAACCUCUACUCCCCCUGUCUACACUGCCUGAGAGGGUGAGAGUAGAAGACUCUGCUCAAAUCUGGACGGCCCCUCUUCUUUCCAAACCUUUAGAACACCCACGGGUGCCAGGCUGAACUUAUGUAGGAGCGUACAUAAACAGACUUGUAGAUGUCGAACAGAAGGUGGUGACGAGGGGAAAGAUAACGAAUCGUGUGUUGAGCAAAGCCUCCUGCUCUCCGCCCUCUCGCUCUCAGAUGACAUAUUUUUGUAGAAGGGUAAUUAAAGAAGAAAAUGUGAUGAAAAAGCUGGUUGGUCAGUUGGCUUGUUGGUUGUGUAUUUGUGCAGAUGCAUGCUAUGUUGAAGUUUAGAAAUGCUGCGAGUCUCAGACUCUUAAAUCGUGUAAAACCCAUCGUCAGCAGCCUGUUAGCGUCGCGGUCAGCAGAGGAAAGUCAGGGGUUCGAGUCCGGGCCACACCGAGGGCGUGAGCAGCGCGUGGCGGCCGCGUCUCGUGCGUUCACACAGGCAGCGUGUCUGCUAGCUGCAAGUCAGGGUACUGGUAUAAUUACUGUGUUUUCUGGAAUAAAAGUACUGCGUUAACUAAACGCAGCUUCUGGUCCUGCAACUACAAUACUUAUCUUGUUAUUGUCAACAGAAACGCUGGAGUGCUUUUACUCUGAAACAGGAAGUGCUGCAGAUGUUUGUGACGUAUUUGAUUCUCUUCGUGUGUUCGAACCGAGCUCGGUGAACUCCGGCUCCAGAAGAGCAGCACGGCUCAGUUUAGUCCCAACCUGAGAACCAAAGCUCAACUCUCUGCGGCGCCCACGCGACGCUCACGCAGCCCGUGUGGCCCGAGCGUAACCACCAAACACUCUCAAGUGAAACAUUAAAAGUACCACUGUGAAACAUGAACGUUAGCAACUAUCAUCUUUAUCCCGGGGAUCUUAGAACCUUUAGGAAGCGCAGGAACAAACGGAGGAUGAAUGAGAGAAUCUAGACUCUGAAGGGCUGAGUGAUAAACGGAGAGAGAGCAACUCGAAGCAAAGCACUGUGGGUAAAUGAAGAUAAAAGUGAGAGGGCCGUGGCUCAGAGGGAAGACGGAAAGACAAACGUUAUGGCCACAGAGAGACGUCCCACGCCUCUCCGGAGGAGGAGGGGCUUAGAGAGGGGGCGUCGAGCAGUGAGACAGACGACAGGGCGUCAGGGAAGUUGCGGACUGAUAAAGAAGAAUCGAUCCUGUACGUGGGACCGUGGCAGACCUCUGUCAGCGAGGGGCUCGUGGGGUUAAUGACAGGUCGGCCAUGAUUAAAGCAGUGCGAGUUCUCCUCAUUCUUCUCCGUCCUUCAUCCUCAACUCACUGUUCAUCACUGACGCCACCAAAACCCACUUUCACACAGUGCCACGCAAAACACCACAACUUGGAAUAAAACAAAUGAUUAAACACUA